CACCCACGCACACUCCCCGGACGCCUCGCUAGGCUCUGACACCCGUCUGCGACAUGGAUAAGUACGGCGACCUGGGCCUGGAGGCCAGUAAAUUCAUUGAGGACCUGAACAUGUACGAGGCCUCCAAGGAUGGACUCUUCCGAGUGGACAAGGGGGCAGGCAACAACCCCGAGUUUGAGGAAACACGCCGGGUGUUUGCCACCAAAAUGGCCAAAAUCCACCUCCAACAGCAACAGCAGCUCUUGCAGGACGAGACCCUGCCCAGGGGGAGCAGAGGCCCGGUCAACGGUGGGGGCCCCCCGGGCCCAGAGGCCCGCCGGGAAGCCGGUGUGAGCAGCAAGCUGACCGUGGAUGGUGCUGCCAAGCCCCCUCUAGCUGCCUCGACAGUGGGUCCUGGUUCAGUCACCUCCAUGGCCCCCGGGCAACCCUUGUACCCACCCCAGGAGCAGAGGGCCAGGCCCUAUGCGCGCAGCGCAAGCCACGGCGGCCAGGACUGUGGCUCCAAGGAGAGCCUGGCAAGCUGGGAGAUGUCUGCCUUCCGCCAGGUGGGCCCCUGCGAGGAUCCUUCCUGCCUCACACACGGAGACUAUUAUGACAACCUCUCCUUGGCAAGCCCAAAGUGGGCUGAUGGACCAGGAGUGUCCCCCAGCGUCAGGCCGGGCGCAGGGAGCGGGUGGCCUGGCACCCCAGGGACUGACGCACCACUGCCCAAACCCUCCAGGGACCAUCCCCUGUACCAGCCUCAGCUCUCCCCAAGCUCCAGCAAGUCAUUGGAGACCGGAGGCCAGGAUGGUGGUGGUGGUGACCGUGGUGAUGAGAAGCCAGCUGGGCUUUGGACUACUGCCGCCUCCCAGCGGGUGAGCUCCAGCCUUUCUUCCCCAGGCCUGGAAAAUGGGGCCCACUUGGGGCCCCCUCAGCCCAGGCCCCCCUCUUUCUUAGCACCCUUGGCCCAGAGCUGCCCCAGCCAAGGAGCUCUUCCAAGAACAAACUCGGGGGUGGGGAGUGAGGCUUCAGGCACGAUGCCCAAACCCAUGGUGGACCCUCAGCCCUGGUUCCAAGACGGACCCAAAUCUUACCUUUCUAGUUCUGCCUCAUCAUCCUCACCAGCCAGCAUGGACAGUUUGCAGUUGGGUGCGGCCCCUGGGCUGGGUCCCAAGCCAGUCUGCACGGACCCUGGCAUUGGUCCCAAGCUCAGCCCCACCAGCCUUGUCCAUCCAGUGAUGUCCACUCCGCCUGACUUAUCUUGUAAAGAAGGUCCCCCUGGCUGGUCGUCGGAUGGCAGCCUGGGGCCUGGGCUCCCGGAGAGCCCCAGCCCCCCCAGGGUGAGGCUGCCCUGCCAGACCCUCAUCCCAGGCCCCGAGCUUGGGCCCUCAGCUGCCGAAUUGAAAUUAGAAGCCCUCACCCAACGUCUGGAGCGUGAAAUGGAUGCGCACCCGAAGGCUGAUUAUUUUGGAGCCUGUGUGAAAUGCAGCAAAGGGGUGUUUGGGGCCGGCCAGGCCUGCCAGGCCAUGGGGAAUCUCUACCACGACGCAUGCUUCACCUGUGCGGCCUGCAGCCGGAAGCUGAGAGGAAAAGCCUUUUAUUUUGUCAACGGCAAAGUGUUUUGUGAGGAAGACUUCCUGUACUCUGGGUUCCAGCAGUCUGCUGACAGGUGUUUUCUUUGUGGACAUCUGAUCAUGGACAUGAUCCUGCAGGCCCUCGGGAAGUCCUACCACCCCGGCUGCUUCCGCUGUGUCGUCUGCAACGAGUGUUUGGACGGGGUGCCCUUCACCGUGGACUCCGAGAACAAGAUCUACUGUGUCCGAGAUUACCACAAGGUGCUGGCCCCCAAGUGUGCAGCCUGUGGGCUUCCCAUCCUUCCACCUGAGGGCUCAGAUGAGACCAUCCGUGUCGUGUCCAUGGACAGAGACUACCAUGUGGAGUGCUACCACUGCGAGGACUGCGGUCUGGAGCUCAAUGAUGAAGACGGUCACCGCUGCUACCCCCUGGAGGACCACCUGUUCUGUCACUCCUGCCAUGUCAAGAGACUGGAGCAAAGCCCCUCGUCUGCCUCUCUUCACCAGCACCGCUUCUAG